AUGGAAGUUUACACUGUGACGGUAGCAACUGGUACAUCAGAGUAUUCAGGCACCAACAACUACAUCUUUGUGACCCUGGUGGGAGAGAACGGGGAGAGUGAACGCACCCUGCUGGACAACCCCGGACUGGACUUCUGUAGAGGAGCAGUGGAUGAGUACAAAGUGAACAGCCCUUCACAUUUAGGGACCCUGCUACUGGUCAGACUGGAGAAACAGAGGUACUGGUUGGAAGAUAACUGGUACUGUCGCUACAUCACAGUGAAACCUCCAGGUGGCGGGACGGCAGUGACGUUCCCAUGUUACCGCUGGCUUAUAGGAGACAUCAAGGUGGAGAUUAGAGAGGGAACAGGUAGGAAAGAAUCCAUGCUUUUAGAAUCAGCUCUUUAUUUUCAGCUGUAAA